AUGCUAGAAACGCUGAAUGACUGGACAAGGUUCAUCGAUAACGGGGAUGGGGUGGACGUGAUUUAUUUCGAUUUCUCUAAGGCCUUUGACCAGGUGUCACAUAAUGCGAGUAAUUCGAACAUCAUCCAAAAUGCUAUUGAUGUAGUCAGCGCGUGGUCCAAGCGGUGGGGACUUCCGACUGAGCUUGAGAAAACAUCUGUUUUACAUCUCGGUCCUGGCCACAGCUCCUAUACCUAUCACAUUGACCGAACUGAGCUUAGGAAAGCACAAGAGAUGAGCGACUGUUGUUGUGAUGUGUCGAUAGACGUUCCGACAUGGGUACCAGCAGCGAUCGCGUUUGGCAUCUCUGUCGUGGUAGCGAUUGCAGUGAUUAUUGCUUAUAUCCUUCGCGAAAUGGAAAGAUAUAAGGUAUGCUGUCAUCCCGGAAAGUAUAUUUCGAGUAGGCAUGUCAACUUUCUAGCAGCCUACUUCAAAACAGAGGAAUAG